UGCUGAUGGAGGGAGGGCAGUAGUCUGUGCACAGCUGAAGUCUUGAGCUCAUCAUGCUCUUGACUUCUCUGUGAGCUCAAGCAAGGACCACCUGACCUCAGAAUGAACCUUCCUUCAGCACCAAGAGUCCCACCAAGCCCAGCACAGGCAUCCAGCUGUGUGGCCACCCCAGCCCCACCCAGCAGGUGGGACAGCUCUCAGACCAGCAUCUCCAGCGUGGGCCAGCUGCAGCCAGUGAGCCCCACGGCAGCUGGGGCUCAGGCUGCCAGUUGGAUCCCCUUCCCCACGGUUGAUGUUCCAGACCACGCCCACUAUACCCUGGGCACGGUGAUCUUGCUGGUGGGGCUCACAGGGAUGCUGGGCAAUCUGACAGUCAUCUACACCUUCUGCAGGAGCAGAGGCCUCCGGACACCUGCCAACAUGUUCGUUAUCAACCUCGCAGUCAGUGACUUCCUCAUGUCCGCCACCCAGGCCCCUGUCUUCUUCGCCAGCAGCCUCUAUAAGCAGUGGCUCUUCGGGGAGACAGGCUGUGAGUUCUAUGCCUUCUGUGGAGCUCUUUUUGGCAUCUCCUCCAUGAUCACCCUGACGGCUAUUGCCCUGGACCGCUACCUCGUGAUCACGCGCCCGCUGGCCACUGUCGGUGUGGCGUCCAAGAGGCGGGCAGCACUUGUCCUGCUGGGUGUCUGGCUCUACUCCCUGGCCUGGAGUCUGCCACCCUUCUUUGGCUGGAGCGCCUACGUGCCCGAGGGGCUGCUGACAUCUUGUUCCUGGGACUACAUGAGCUUCACGCCGUCUGUCCGCACCUACACAAUGCUUCUCUGUUGCUUCGUGUUCUUCCUCCCCCUGCUCAUCAUCAUCUACUGCUACAUCUUCAUCUUUAGGGCCAUCCGAGAGACAGGACGGGCUCUCCAGACCUUCGGGGCCUGCAAGGGCAGCAGUGAGUCCCCGCAGCAACGGCAGCGGCUGCAGAAUGAGUGGAAGAUGGCCAAAAUCACACUGCUGAUCAUCCUCUUCUUUGUGCUCUCCUGGGCUCCCUACACUACUGUGGCUCUGGUGGCCUUCGCUGGGUAUGCACAUGUCCUGACGCCCUACAUGAACUCUGUGCCAGCUGUCAUCGCCAAGGCCUCUGCCAUCCACAACCCUAUCAUUUACGCCAUCACCCACCCCAAGUACAGGGUAGCUAUUGCCCAGCACCUCCCCUGCCUAGGGUUGCUGCUGGGCGUGUCACGCCAACACAGUCGCCCUCAUCCCAGCUACCGCUCCACCCACCACUUGACCCUAAGCAGCCAGGCCUCGGAACUCAAUUGGAUCUCUGGAUGUAGGCGCCAGGAGUCACUGGGCUCUGAGAGUGAGGUGGGCUGGACAGACAUGGAGGCAGCAGCUACAUGGGGGGCCGCCUUGCAAGUGAGUGGGCGGUGCCCCUACGGUCAGGGCCUGGAGGACAUGGAAGGCAAGAGCCCUCUUAGGCCUCAGGGACCAGAAACCAAGACUCCAGGGAAGACCAAGGGGCUGCUCCCCAGCCUGGACCCCAGGAUGUAG